CAAGUGAGACGGUCUCGGGGUGAAAAUGCUCCUGAUCUAGACUUAGCGCCAUGGCUAGUCAGAGUACCGACGAGAUAGGCCCGGUCGAGCUGGCUCUGCCUGGUGACGGAGAGUCAGCCACAGCGGUCCCAUCGACUUCCUCCCUGGGUCCAAAUUUGGAUUCCAGGGAGGGUUUAGAGAAGCACGAGGACCCGGCUGGGAGCCGAGAUCCAGAUCCCCAAGACAACCCACAGCCAGAGGCCCCAAACCUGGGUGCCGCCAAUGUGGGGCAAAACAUUCUCGGGCUUUCCUUCCCGAGAAAGCUCUGGAGCAUCGUGGAGGACGACGCCUUCACGUCCGUGCGCUGGAAUGACGACGGCGACACCGUGAUCAUCGACGAAGACCUUUUCCAGAGGGAGAUUCUUCACCGGAGGGGCCCAGAGAGAAUCUUUGAAACUGACAGCUUGAAGGGGUUCAUCUGCCUAAUGAACCUGUACGGGUUCAGCAAAAUACGCCCAGACAGCCCUUCGGUUCGCGCCCCGGGGAACGGGAGGAUGACGGUAAAGUAGAAAGUCCUCGCGUCUCCCCCGCCCCCGUCUUCUGUCCUUCCAACAGCUUCCUAGUAGACCCAGAGGAAGGAUCUCCCGAAGGGGCUUAAUUUCCUAGUAAUCUUUUAUUAACGUAUUUCUCUAUGCCUAGACAGAAGCCAGGGAACGUCAGAUAGGUGCGUGAACACC